ACAAACUGUACUUAACAGAACCGACAUUCACUCCACAGCUAGGCUUAUUACAUCAAUCACUAAAAAAAAGGAAGCAAUUUCAGGACUAAAGAAGGAAUACGCGAGCAGUUUGAUUGCACAAGAAAUAAGUGACAGGAUACGAAAAAAAAGGGCUCCAUAUUGCAUUGGGAAAACCUAUCUCGAUCCACUUUUCUCAAACUAUUCUUGGAGUAUACCCUCGGAAGAAAAAUAAAAGAAAAAGCCACGACACACUCCCUUACCUGAGCUAAAGGAAAAGUGAAGGAAUAAAGACAGAUCUCGAUGGCAUCAAUAAAGGUAGAACAAACAGGCUCUAUUAUAUCUACGGGUCCACAGAUUGUCCUCCCUGGAGAUCUAUUACCAUCUGCGGAGACAGGACUGUUAGAGGAUGCCCCCACGGCACCAGUGAUCAAACUCGGGCCAGGUCUUCAACCUAUGGAUGAUGAUAGCAUUGCAGCCGUCAAGGCUGGUGUGUUAAAGCAUACAGCGGUUGGAAAUCGGUGGUGGGUCGAAAGUAAUCAGCGUCGCUAUGUAGCAGCAGCAGGAGAAUCAGUGAUUGGGGUAGUUGUUGGGAAGACAGUAGAACAUUAUAAAGUGGAUAUUGGGACAGCUCAACCGGCGCUUCUGGGUGUUUUGGCUUUUGAAGGGGCCACCAAACGUAACAAACCUGAUAUCAAGAUUGGUGCACUCAUCUACUGUAGAGUAUCACUGGCUAACAAAGAUAUGGAAGCAGAGUUGGAAUGCUUUAAUCCUUCAACGGGAAAAGCUGAUGGGUAUGGGGAAUUGAAAUCUGGAUUCUUGAUCAAGGUUUCUCUGGGUUUGGCUCGCCGGCUAUUAGAUCCCAAGACUCUAAUCUUGCGACUGUUAGGUCAACAUAUCCCCUUUGAGACCGCUAUUGGCAUGAACGGUAAAGUUUGGAUUCAUUCUGCAGAGCCAAAGCAUACCAUCUUAAUUUGCAAUGCCAUCAAGAAUUCUGAGUAUUUGAACAAGGAUGAAUGUGCGGUUAUGGUCAAAGCUUUGUUCGAGAAGCUGUGAGAGAAAAUUAAGAAAAAGGAAAGAUAGC